AAUAAAGGACAAAGGAUGGUUGCUCAUGGAACUCAUGGACGGCACCCACCAAAACAUUCUCGUUCCUCUUCCUUCUUCCUUCAGUCAAACGUUUUCAGUCAAACUUCAAACCUCCACCCACUCCUCUCUCUCCCGUCUCUCUGCAUCUCUGUCUCCCCUGAGAAAGUUGCAGCGAGCAGAGAAAUGGAGAUUGAGGAGCAGAGUCAAAUCCAAACCCAAUUCAGCGGACAGAAGCAAAAGCAAGUCGUCCAGAACCAACCGGAGCACCACCCACAUGAUCAAUCUUCGUCCUCCUCAUUGUCGUUGUCUUCUUCUUCUUCUUCGUCUUCGUCUUCAGGGAUGGAAGACCAGGUCAAGCUGGCGGCCAUGUCGAUCAGCUUCAACGUGCGGCUGAGAGCGGCUGACAUGCCUGUCCGCAUGCAGGAGCACGCCCUCGGCUUCGCUAGGUCCAUCGCCGACUCCGUUCCGAAGCUCACACAAAACAGUUCCCUUCUCGCCCGUGCUCUCAAGAAGGAGUUCGACUCGACAUACGGGCCGGCGUGGCACUGCGUGGUGGGGAAGAGCUUCGGGUCGUUCGUGACGCACUCGCCGGGCGGUUUCCUCUACUUCUUGCUCAACGACUCCCUCGUGUCCGUGCUACUCUUCAAGACACAGGUCCAAUUGGUCAUUCAACCUUGAUAAAGCUUUGGCCCCCACUACCAUUAAUUGCCUUGCCAUGCCAUGCCUGCUUGCGGAUUCCUUUCCUCCGUAUCACGCGACCGACACCGACGCCCUCUCUAGUGUAUACUAUGAAAAACCGACUCCGUGAUGUGAUGCUAACAAUCAUCGAUUUCUAAUGGAUGAGCUAGAGGCGUGCAGCAAAGUAGGAAGUCGGAUUUUCGUGUCUCUCGAUGCUUACUAUUAUAGUAUAUGCUGUCCAUCUUACUAUGUGCACGGCGAGAGUUCAUCAGUAAAGUGCAUCAUGCGUUCCUUAGGGACUAUUCAUAAGACAGCCGGGAUCUCUGGUUCUUGCCUGCAUCUGUUAAUCUCAGCUUACCUACAGGGAGAUACUUGCUCGUGCCCAGUCGCAUAUGAUUCGCAAUCUUAUGAUAAAGAAUCGAAUUCGUUCGUCAA